AUGCGACUGCUCAUGGACAACGCACCUGGUCACCCAAGAGCACUGAUGGAGAUGGACCGUGAGACAUCCCCACUUCCCCACACAAAACACUCCGAGAGCCCCGCCGACCGCCGACCCCCGCCGCCGCCCCGCGCCGCCCCAAGACCGCCCCGACCGGGCCCCCGCGCCCCGCCCGCCCAGACAACAGGGGCCGCGCUCACACCUGUCACCCCAACCGGGGCGCGUCUGCGCACGCGGGGCACGAGGCCGCGCGCCUCCCGGUCUCACCUGGAAGUGCCCCCCAACAGCUCCCGGGCGCAGGGGAGCGGCGGCCGGCUCCCGCGGACACCGAGCAGCCGCCAACGGACCCGAGCGGACAGCCGGCCGGCGCGCGCCGCCGACCGUGGGGCCGACCGGAAAGUCUGCGGCCGCCUCUUCCUACCUCCCGACGCACCCGGCCCCGGCCCCGCCCCACGCCGGCCGCGCCCCGGACCCGCCCCACGCCGGCGUCCCGGACCCGCCCCACGCCGGCCGCGGCCCCGCUGCUCCGCCGACGUCGUGGCCCGGCUGCGCGUCGCUCUCCCCAGGCCCCGCCCCACGCCGGCCGCGGCCCCGCCCCUCCGCCAAUGUACCCGCUUCGCUCCGCGGUCGCCCUCCCCUAGCCCCGCCCCUCCGCUGACGUCCGGUCCCCGCUCCGAGCUCGCCCUCCCCGGGCCUCGCCUCACGCUGCCCGCACCCGGCCGCGGCCCCGCCCCUUCGCUGACGUCCCGUCCCGACUCCGCGCUCGCCGUCUCCAGGCUCCUCCCCAAGCCGACCGCACCCCGGCCCCGGCCAGGCCCCUCAGCUGACGUCCGGUCCCCGCUUUCCGAUUACCCUCACCAGGCCCCGCCCCACGCCGGCCGUAUCCCGGCUCUGGCCCCGCCCCGCCGCUCUGUCCAGUGUCGGCUCCAAUAUCGCCCUCCCCAGGCCCCACCACACACGCCCCGAGUCGGGCACUGGGGCCGAGCCAGCGUCUGUGCGGCCGGAGUGGCUCCGAGGCCUGCACGCCCGGCCUUCCCUGCGGCCCCGCCCCGCGCCCUCCCUCGCGACGCGGGUCCCGGCUCUGCACGCCCCCCCCACCCCGUAGCCCGCUGGCUCCCGGGCCGCCCUGCACCCCCCGCCCCGGCCCUCGGGACUCUGCCCACCCGGGUCCGAUCCUCGCCGGACACCCGCCUCCCCACGGCCGUCCUCCCGCGGCCGGGUCCUGCCUGCGGCUCUCCCGGGCCGCCCGUCCGCAGCCUCCGCCGGCGGGGACACGACCCCACCCGCGAACGCCGCGUGCUGCGGGGCCCCCAGACCCGGUCCCCAGCCGUACCUGCCCGCGCGAUCCCGCCGCAGACUCAGCGGCUGGGCGGCCGGCGUCCUCGCUCCAUCUCCGCGCGCCGAGUGGGCGGGGAGACGAGACGAGCGGCCCAGCGGGAGAGCCGGGGGGACGCGAGUGAGGCCGAGCGAGGAGGAGAAGUGGGAGGUGCUACGGGCUGGAGCCGCGGCCGGGCGCGAGGGCCCUGGAUGUUGAGGGAUGGGCCAGGCUGUCCAGCCGCUCUUGCGCCGGCCCUCGGGGGGACACGUGCAGCUCAUUCCCGGGUUCUGCUGAGGACAAGGCGGUCUCCCCGGUGUCUCGGGGCGCGCGGCACCUCCGCGGCCCCCAGGCCGACACCAGCCUCCCGCGCGUCCAGGGCAGGCUCCCCCUUGGGCAGCGGCGUCCCCCCGGCUCCUGAGCUGACGGAGGAGGUUCUGCAGGGGGUUCGGUACCAUGGACACAUGGACGCCCACUCCGGCCUUCCCGGGCAGACGCUGGUGGUCGUGGGUCUCGUUCCCGCUGAGAACAUUUCAAGAGACUCGGGGCAGAGCCGGCCAAGUCCGCGGCUGGUCCGCGGGGACGAAGGCGGUGCCCGGCUUGACUGAGGCAUUGGCGUGUGUCUCCGGUGGGCCGGACGCCCUGCCUAUUGUUUUCACUUUUCCAGUUUCCCACUAGAAAAGAAGCUAAAAUAGAGGAUCUAAUGGACUUGGAGAGACACAGUAAGAGUGAAAGGGAGUGAACGAAUACCGCAUUUUGUUAGUCGAGCUUAAUUACAAUACACACCAUACAUGAUCCAUUCUUCCUCUGCAAAUGUUUUUUUCAUAUAGUACAAUUGCAGUGACCUUGUUUCGGUAUUUUUAGAAUAGAAAUAAAAAUACGAAGUUGAUAAGCCUUCAAGAAAUGACAUCUAGGGGCGCCUGGGUGGUUCAGUGAGUUAAAGCCUCUGCCUUCAGCUCAGGUCUUUAUCCCAGGGUCCUGGGUCCGAAUCGAGCCCCGCAUCCGGCUCAAUGGGGAGCCUGUUUCUCUCUGCCUGCCUCUCCACCUACUUGUGAUCUCUGUCUGUCAAAUAAAUAAAAUCUUAAAAAAAAAAAAAGAAGAAAGAAACGAUGUCUAUGAAGUGUGCACUGUGUGUGAGAUAUGAAAGACCCACAAGACAAACUUCUUAGGUCCAUAAUAUGUAAGGACUCAUGGAAACUUCAUUCAUAUCUUAUUUACCAUCAUGCAUUAGAAACGUGUUUGGGGGCAGCAGGAACUCACUUUCAUAGGUUUUUGUCAGUUACAUCAAGUGAGGCAUGGAAACUAUCAAAUUUAAUGUAGGGACGCCUGCGGGCUCAGUCCGUGAGGCGUCUUCCUUUGGUUCGGGUCAUGAUCUCCGAGUCCUGUAUCAGUCCCACGUGAG